GGACCGCGCAGCAAGAUAUCCACGAGGCGUUCGUGACGUUGACAGCAGCAAUGCACGCAGAGGGCAUGGCCAGGUUCGCAACAGUGGCGCCCGAUCGCCAGAUGCGGCAUGGCGCGAUCGAUGCGGAGUCCCUGACCGCGCCGCUGUGGUCCGUAGUCGGAGGCGUGCAGGAAACUCUGUUAAGGUGCAUCGCGUGCAACUCGGAGAGUUUGUCGGAUGGGGAGAUGUUCACGUGCAUUUCACUCGCGUCCACGACGGCUGCAACCACGCUGGAAGCGCUGGUGGCAGAGUUCACGUCGGUAGAGCGAUUGACGGGUGCAGGAGACGCGUGCGCCAGGUGCGGAGUGGAGGGCGAAUUGCAAAAGCAAGCUCGCAUCGCGAGGGCCGGUGAAUUGACCGCCGUUUGCGUGCGCGCGGGAGAUGGGUACCGCGGCCACUACGCGACGUACGCGAAAACGUCCAGCGGGGAGUGGGUGUACUGUGAUGACGAGAACGUUCCGAGAUCCGCGUCAGUGGCAGAGGUGCAGCAGGCGCAGGCUGUCCUCCUCGUGUAUGAACGCGCGGACCCGAGUUCAGAGGAGCAGCUGCCCGAGAGGAAGCGACGCCGAGGCGCACCUCCAAGUGGGGAGUUGUGGGGUAAUGCAGUCAGUGAGCUGAGUCAUGGCCGUGCCGCUUCGAGCGGUUUCGGGCAGUCGGCGGGAACUUCGGGCCGCGUUGUGGAGGAGUCGGACGACUUGGAAUGUGCACGGCGGAGGGCCGACGGCGCAGCAGCGCAGGAGGCUGACCGUCGCAACGCA